UUUCUAGAUCAAUCCGCCCAUUCCUGCUACAAACAAACACACACAAGCUAACUGCACAUCCACGAGUGAAAGCGUGUCUUGUAAGUUAGUGAAAAUCAAUCUGUAUUUAUUUACUUGUGAAGGGUAAACAUAUCUUGCUCGUACAAAGCCUUGAUACUCAACGUUACGGUUGCGUGUUUUCACCCAAAAUGAAGGAUAAACACGAUAUCGAUUCCACUUCUCGUCCUCAAAGUUUUUCAAAUAACGUUAACGAUAGAGAUGAUGACGAUGAAGCAAACGGUCUCUUUGACUCUGAUAGUCAUUAUAUCGUUGUCCAGCUCGAAGAUGAAGAUAAAACGAGUGAAUGCGAGAUGGAUCUGAGUAUAUUUGCUCCUGUCGAGUCCUCAGAGAGUGAGGAAGAUGAAGAUAAACUCUCGGACUCAUGCGGCAUUUCCACCUGGAGAAGAGCAGACGACAGAGAGAAAGAUGAGCGGGAAGAUGCUGCGUCCCAGGAGAUACCAUCUUCCAGCAAGAGUUUUAAAAGAGAAGAUAUGACGACGAGACAAGAUCACAAUCCAGACAGUAGUUCAGUAAACAGGGCGAAGAAUGAAUGUGUGUCUGGUGAGAAGCCCACAUUUCAACCAGCUCUACCACAGUCCAGUUCGUAUACGUGUCCUACAGAGAUGUCUGGCUUACACACUGUUAUCAGUCCUUUAACUGCAAUGGAGCCUCCUGUAUUUCCCAAUACACCAGUCCUGAGCAAGUCUGUUGUUGGAGAGGAUCAGCAGAAUAUAUUGCUUGAAAUCCUGAACCAUUGUAGGUUCCUGCAUGCUGCAGUUGAGAGACUUGAACAGAAAAUUGACAGACAGAUGACAUAUGAGGCAAAGCUGCCUAUUGAAGAAGGGUCACUGUCCUGGUCUUUGGCACAACGUCUUGGUCCACCAGUAAAGAGAAAUCAACAAUGGAUCCCUCCCUGGAAACGAAACACUGCUCAGGACGGUCUAAACAGGGCAGAUCUUGGGGUGGACAACAGCAGUCUUCAGUUGGCCAAUCCUUCUGCUGGUGGGCGAGGGAGAGGCCGGGGGAGAGGACGCGGUAAAGGACGUGGUGGCCGUGGCCAUGAUAAUAGAUCCAAACGCCAGUCUGGGACUCCUGAUCUUGCUCAGCACAUGUCGGAGGCUUUGCGAGAUGGGAUCUCUACAGUAGAAAUGGAUGAUCCACAGCCAUCAAAGAUGAUGAAGAAAGGCUCUCAGUUUAAGACGGGUUCAAAGGCUCAGAAGAAGAGGAGGAAAGGCUUGGCCCAGGUGGACGAGCACCAAGUGUAUCCAGAGAAGACGUUCAACAAAAAGGAGGUCACAGUACAGGUUGAUGUGAAUAAGAACGUAAUGAUCGGAAGCCCUUUGCGUAAAGUGUGGAUCCCGCUGUCUGUGUACAAGGAAGCGUUUAAAGAAGCUGAACCCCAGAAGGCUCUGGUACCUGUGCUUUAUUCUCUCUUCACCAGCAGUACUCUGUCCUCGAGUGCUAUCACAGGAAACCACGAUAAAGGGAUCAAACAACUCGACCCAAACAAAAUUGAAGCCCUCCGAGAAUUUCUUGCUGAGAUGUUCCCACAGUAUGAUGUCAGUCUAAGAGGUGUGACGUGGCCACUGUGUGUUGGAGUUAUCAACAACAUUACCAAAGCCCUGAGGAAAAAGGCCGAAAAACCAUCGCAUCUGCCAGAGAAGUGUCACUGUGAUUUAUUACAGGCUGCUGACAGUGGAAAUAAUGCAGUGUUUAUUCAGACCUCAAAGGAUUUGUUUUGUUAAAUCAAACACACAGUCCAUGUGCAAUACUUACAGUUUCAAGAUCCGUUCAUUUGGCUCAUCACAUCUACGCGUCUCUGAUAUGAUGCUCAGAUAACUGCUGCUCUCUUUAUCCACAGCUGUUGCUGUUUCAAAACAUUUUAUCUACUAUAUGUACAGAUUUCUGCUAUAAAAUUGUAAUAUUUCUGUUACCAAAUAAAAAGUGAAUUUUCUUGCUC